AUGGACGCUGCUACAGCCAGCGGCGGCAGCAGUGCCACCGACGUCAAUGUCAGCGACAAUGUCAACGACAACGCCAACGACAACGCCAACGACAACGCCAACACCACCGUCGACAGGAUCAAGGAAAAAGACGGCGCCUCACCCGGAGGGGGCAUCUUUGACAGCGACACGGACGACGUGACGGUGCGCGUGCAGGCGUCGGGCGCGGUGCUGGGCGAGACGCUCUUCUCGCGCAUCGACCCGCGCGUGCUGCCGGGCGAGAUGCUGCUGGUGCUGGGGCGGCCGGGCGCGGGGUGCACGUCGCUGCUGCGGGUGCUGGCCAACGACCGGGCGUCGUUUGAGUCGGGGGCGGGCUCGGUCCGCGGGGCCAUCUACUACGGCAGCAUGGACCACGUGGCGGCGCGGCGGUUCCGGCAGCAGAUUACGCUCAACACGGAGGACGACAUCCACUUCCCGACGCUGUCGGUGGACCAGACGCUUACGUUUGCGCUCAAGAACAAGACGCCGCGCACGCGGCCGAUGGACGGCACGACGGACAGCCCGACGGACAGCCAGUCGUUCGUGGGCAACGAGUUCAUCCGCGGCGUGUCGGGCGGCGAGCGCAAGCGCGUGUCGCUGGCCGAGGUGCUGGCGGCGCAGAGCCCCGUGCAGCUGUGGGACCAGCCGACGCGCGGGCUCGACAGCAAGACGGCGCUCGAGUUCAUCGAGAUGCUGCGCCACGCGGCCGACACGGACCGCACGACGGUCGUCGCGACGCUGUACCAGGCGGGCAACGCCAUCUACGACGCCUUUGACAAGGUGCUGGUGCUCGCCGAGGGCUGCGUCCUGUACUACGGGCCGGCCCGGGCGGCGCGCGCCUACUUUGAGGGCCUCGGCUUUGUGUGUCCGCCGGGCGCCAACAUUGCCGACUUUCUGACGUCGGUGACGGUCGCGACGGAGCGGCAGAUUGCGCCGUCGCACGCGGGCGCGGGCGCGGGCGCCGUGCCCAGCACGCCCCAGGAGUUCGAGGCCGCGUUCCGGCAGAGCGCCGUGUGCCAGCAGAUGCGGGCGCGCGAGGUGGACCCGGCGACGCGGGCGGACGAGGUGGCGGACCUGCAGGUGGCGGUCGCGGGCGAGAAGCAGGAGCGGCGGGUGUGGACGGUGGGCCCGCGCAGCGUGUACACGGCGGGCCUGCUGGACCAGAUCCGGCACUGCACGGUGCGGCAGUUCCAGAUCAUGCUGGGCGACCGGCUGUCGCUGGGCGUCAAGAUCUUCUCGGCCACGGUGCAGGCGCUCGUCUGCGGCAGCCUCUUCUACAACAUGCCGCACACGAGCCUGUCGACGUUCCUGCGGCCCGGCGUGCUCUUCUUCCCCGUGCUCUACUUCUUGCUCGAGGGCAUGUCCGAGACGACGGCCUCCUUCACGGGGCGCCCCAUCCUGAUGCGCCACAAGCGCUUCGGCUUCUACCGGCCGACGGCGUUUUGCAUCGCCAACGCGCUCACCGACAUCCCCGUCGUGCUCGUGCAGGUGUCGCUGUUCUCGCUCAUAAUCUACUUCAUGGCCGCGCUGCAGACGGACGCCGGCAAGUUCUUCACCUUCUGGGCCGUCACCGUCGCCUGCACGCUGUGCUUCCUGCAGCUGUUCCGCGCCAUCGGCGCCCUGUGCACGCGCUUCGGCCUCGCGUCGCAGAUGAUGGGCCUCUUCAGCACCGUCUUCUUCGUCUACGGCGGCUACCUGAUCCCCUACAACCGCAUGCACCCCUGGUUCCGCUGGCUGUUCUACCUGAACCCGGGCGCCUACGCCUUCGAGGCGCUCGUCGCCAACGAGUUUGACGGCCUGUCGCUCGCGUGCGUCGCCCCCAACUACGUGCCCUACGGGCCGGGCUACGACGACAUGGGCAUCACGGCGACGCGCGGCUGCACCGUCCCCGGCAGCGACGCGGCCACGGGCCUCAUCGACGGCGUCACGUACAUCCGCGAGCACUUCAACUACUCGCCGGGCCACGUCUGGCGCGGCUUCGGCGUCGUCGUGGCCUUUUGGCUGUUCUUCAUUGCCGUCACCGCGCUCGCCUUUGAGUUCCGCAGCAGCAGCGGCGGCUCGUCCGUGCUGCUCUUUAAGCGCCACUUCCGCAGCGCCGCCAAGGUGCCGGACAUGGAGGACGUGCCCUCGACGUUCUGCUGGCACGGCCUCGACUACUACGUCAAGCACCAGGGCGCCCAGCUGCAGCUGCUCGACAAGAUCUUCGGCUUCGUGCAGCCCGGCCACCUCGUCGCGCUCAUGGGCAGCUCCGGCGCCGGCAAGACCACGCUGCUCGACGUGCUCGCCCAGCGCAAGGACGCCGGCCGCAUCACCGGCUCCAUCCUCAUCGACGGCCGCCCCCAGGGCAUCUCCUUCCAGCGCCUCACCGGCUACUGCGAGCAGAUGGACGUCCACGAGGACACCGCCACCGUGCGCGAGGCCCUCGCCUUCUCCGCGCUGCUGCGCCAGCCGCAGGCCACGCCGCGCCGCGAGAAGCUCGCCUACGUCGACCACAUCCUCGACCUGCUCGAGCUGCGCCCCUUUGCCGACGCCCUCAUCGGCGUCCCCGGCGCCGGCCUCUCCAUCGAGCAGCGCAAGCGCGUCACCCUCGGCGUCGAGCUCGUCGCCAAGCCCACGCUGCUCUUCCUCGACGAGCCCACGUCGGGCCUCGACGGCCAGUCCGCCUACAACAUCAUCCGCUUCCUGCGCCGCCUCGUCGACGGCGGCCAGGCCGUCCUCUGCACCAUCCACCAACCCUCCGCCGUCCUCUUCGAAGCCUUCGACUCCCUCCUCCUCCUCGCCAAAGGCGGCAAAAUGGCCUACUUCGGCCCCACCGGCGACCGCUCCCACCUCGUCCUCGACUACUUUGCCCGCAACGGCGCCCCCUGUCCCCCCGACACCAACCCGGCCGACCACAUCGUCGAGGUCAUCCAGGGCAAGGCCGGCGGCCGCACCAUCGCCGACUGGGUCGACCUGUGGGACGCGUCCCCCGAGCGCGACGCCGCCUACCAGAAGAUGCUGUCUCUCGCGAGCGCCGCCGCCGACAACGGGCCCCCCGCCGGCGACGACCUCGAGUACGCCUCGCCCCUCCCGUUCCAGUUCCGCAUGGUGCUGCACCGCCUCAUGGUGCAGCUCUGGCGCUCGCCCGACUACGUCUGGAACAAGAUCAACCUGCACAUCUUUGCGGCCCUCUUUGGCGGCUUCACCUUUUGGAAGAUGGGCAACACCGCCUUUGACCUGCAGCUGCGCCUCUUUGCCAUCUUCAACUUUGUCUUUGUCGCCCCCGGCUGCGUCAACCAGAUGCAGCCCUUUUUCCUGCACAACCGCGACCUCUUUGAGACGCGCGAAAAGAAGAGCAAGACCUACCACUGGCUGGCCUUUGUCGGCGCCCAGAUUGUCUCGGAGAUUCCCUACCUCGUCAUCUGCGCCACCGUCUACUUUGCCUGCUGGUACUUUACCGCCGGCUUCCCCGUCAAGGCCAGCGUCUCGGGGCACAUGUACCUGCAGAUGAUUUUCUACGAGUUCCUCUACACGUCCAUCGGCCAGGCCAUUGCCGCCUACGCGCCCAACGACUACUUCGCGGCCAUCUCCAACCCGCUGCUCAUCGGCGCCGGCCUCAUCACCUUUUGCGGCGUCGUCGUCCCCUACGCCCAGAUGCAGCCCUUUUGGCGCUACUGGCUCUACUACCUCGACCCCUUCAACUACCUCGUCGGCGGCCUGCUCGGCACCGUCAUCUACGACGUCCCCGUCCGCUGCGCCGACCAGGAGUACACCGUCUUCGACCCGCCCGCCAACCAGACCUGCGGCGAAUACAUGGCCCCCUUCUUGCAGUACAGCUUCGGCUACGUCGCCGACCCCGACGCCACCGCCGCCUGCCAGUACUGCGCCUACUCGACCGGCGGCGACUACGCCAAGACGUUCAACCUCAACGAGAAGUACUAUGCCUGGCGCGACACCGGCGUCACUGCGCUGUUUUGCAUCUCGUCGUACCUCAUGGUCGUCGUCAUGAUGAAGCUGCGCAGCAAGAAGACGAAGAGCGCGCGGGCGGAGUAG